UGCAUAAAACAGCCAUGUCUCCUUUGCCUCUGUCUCCCUUGCCUCUGCCGCUUUUAUUCUUUCUUUAAUCCCCUUAUCAUAACUGCCACCGGCACCCUAACUGCUCAGCUGUUCUCUUUCGAUGCCAGAGUUCUCCACCACCAUCGUCACUCUUUUCAACAAACGCACCGCCCAGGACCAGGGCGGUUUGUUGAGUGGAAAGGAUCCUACGGAGGUCAAUACUAAUGAUCCAAUCCGACUGUGGAUCAUUCAAGUCGGCAUAAUUGUCGCGACUGCGAGUUUUCUGAGCCUUGGACUACGCAAGAUACGCCAGCCAAAGGUCAUCGCGGAGGUUUUGGGUGGCAUUCUUCUCGGUCCCACUGCAUUUGGUCGCAUACCUGGAUUCACAGAGCACAUAUUUCCUCAGGACUCGCGGCCUUACCUGUCCCUAGUUGCCAACAUUGGCCUAUGCCUCUUUCUCUUCCUCGUUGGUCUCGAAAUAGAUGCGGGGGUCGUCAUACGCAAUGCUAGGCUCUCCGCUUCUGUCGGUCUGGCUGGUAUGGCUCUUCCCUUCGGCCUGGGGGCAGCUUUGUCCUAUCCUGUAUAUAAACAGUUCAUCCCGGAAGACAUCGCGUUUACACACUUCAUGCUAUUUGCUGGUGUCGCGUUUUCCAUUACUGCCUUCCCAGUUCUUUGUCGGAUUCUCACCGAACUCAAGCUCCUCGACACGACAGUUGGCAUUGUCGUUCUUUCGGCCGGCGUCGCAAAUGACAUUGUGGGAUGGACGCUUCUGGCCCUCUCAGUAGCCAUGGUCAAUGCGGGAUCAGGCCUCACUGCUCUUUGGAUAUUGAUGGUCUGUGUGGGCUGGACGCUUUUUUUGCUGCUCGGCGUUAAAAGGGCUCUGGCAUGGUUAGCUCGGAAAACUGGAUCCAUUGAAAAUGGCCCAACUAUGUUCUUCAUGACUGUGACUAUUUUGCUGGUGUUCGGAUCAGCUUUCUUCACAGAUGUUAUUGGCGUUCAUGCUAUCUUUGGUGCCUUCCUUGCCGGAAUCAUUGUUCCUCGGGAAGGUAAUUUGGCCAUUCACUUGACCGAAAAGUUGGAAGACAUGGUCUCAAUUAUCUUCCUUCCGCUUUAUUUCACUCUGUCCGGUCUAUCGACUGAUCUAGGUCUCCUGAAUAAUGGAAUAACUUGGGCCUACACAGUUGGUAUCGUCUCAACGGCCUUCAUUGGAAAGUUUGGUGGCUGUACCCUCUCCGCAAGGUUUGCGGCUCGUUUUAGCUGGCGAGAAUCUGGCGCAAUCGGCUCGUUGAUGAGUUGCAAAGGACUCGUGGAGCUCAUCGUACUUAACGUCGGAUUGUCUGCAGGCAUUCUAACACAAAGAGUUUUCUCCAUGUUUGUUCUAGAGGCUUUGAUCCUCACGUUUGCCACCACACCUCUUGUUACCUUCUUUUACCCCCAGGAAUGUCGUGUUCGUGUGGCUGCAACAGGAGCCAACUUUAACAACGUAUCUGAUGGGAAUGAAGAAGAGCGGUCUUCGGGACGAAUUCCAAGAGAGACCGAAGCAGGUUUAUUCAAGACUCGGUUCACAGUCGUUCUCGACAAACUCGAGCAUGUCCCAGGAAUGAUGGUCAUGGCGCAGUUGAUUCAGCAAUCUAUUCCUGCUAUCCCCACUUCGGACGACAAUGUGUCAGGAUCCAAAAAGAGUUUGAUGAGACUAAAGAGCGCAGCGCCUUCCAUCGAAGCGCUCCGGCUCAUCGAGCUCUCGGAUCGUACCUCAGCGGUUAUGAGGUCUUCGGCGGCCGAGUCGAUAUUGCUCAGCGAUCCCCUUCUCUCCAUUUUCAAGAUGUUCGGUCAGCUUAAUGAUUUGGUCAUGAGUACCGCAUUGUCCAUCGUACCAUACGAUGACCUCUCGCAAUCCGUUGUGGACAACGCGUGCGAUAGUGGCUCCGAGAUGAUCAUGCUGCCUUGGCUUUCCUCUUCUACCUCCAAUGAUAAUUAUCUGCUCGAAAACAUGACUGUGUCGCCCAGAAACCCUCCGAACAAUCCAUUCGAAGCUCUCUUCAGAACAAAUGCACCCACAGAUAAAUCCGCAGCACUUCAUUCACAGUUCGUUCGAGGUGUGUUCGCUUGUGCUAAAAAGGACGUCGCCCUCUUUGUAGAUCAAAGCACUCCGGGAAUGUUCAUUGGCAGUUCUCAUCAUAUAUUCCUUCCCUUCUUCGGCGGUCCUGAUGAUCGUUUGGCAGUGGACUUUGCUGCUCAACUCUGCGAGAAUCCGAAGACCACUGCGACAAUUGUGCGGGUAAUGAGACGAGAUUCAGAAGUUCCUAUAGCACCUGUCGAGGCUGCUCAUAUCGGUGAAGAGAAGGGAGCAGUGGAGGCACAUGCUGAGCUUACCAUUGCAUCGGUCACAAAUACCUUCCCAGAUACUGUCUACGGGCACGCCACAACAGAGACCCGACUGCAGUCCGAAACGGCGGACAACAUCAUAUGGAGCCGCUAUACAUCACCCACCCACACAUCAGUAUACCCCUCCCAGGAGGCACUCAAACGGAUGGAAUUUCGAGAGUUGAUUUCACCUAUUCCCUUGCAUGCCAUCAUAGCAGCUGCGAAUGAAGAGAUUGAGGCGGUGAAGGGGAAACGCAUGCUAGUCUUGAUCGGUCGCUCGAGGAGGCUGGCGGUGGAGAGCCAUUCUAAGGAGAUGAAAGUACUGAUGGACGAGCAUGGCCAUGUUGGAUCAGAAGUGAAGAAGACUAUGGGGGAUGUGGCGACUUCCUUCAUUCUGGCGAGAUGUGGGUCGGGCGUGAUUGUUGUUCAGACUGCAGCAAAUCAGGGCUGAUUCAAAUGCAUGACUUUCAUGAUGAUUUUUCAGAUAUCUGUGAUGUUCGUAGUAUGUCCAUAUGACCGUUGUAAGUUGUCAUAGUGCCU